AUAUUGUCUUUGUGUGGUUGUUAUAGUGGUGUUGGUGUGUUCUGUCUGCCUGCUUGUGUCUGUGUGCUGUACUUACGUCGGUAUCGGUCGGUACAUUUUCGUGAGGUGUAUGCCGGCGAAAAGGUGUUUUAAAAUAUUUGUAAAGAAAACAGUGCUAUUGUUAUAAUGUAAUGUGAUAAUGACAUGAAAUUUCUUGAGAGCAAAUCAAUAUGGCUCUCAAGCUUGGAAAAUGCAGGCUCUGCCUCAAGCUUGGCGACUUUUAUUCCAUCUUUACAGUCGACAAUGCUUUGCAGCUUGCGGAGAUGGCAAUGGAAUGCGCCCGGGUGAAAAUUUAUGAAGGGGAUGGGCUCCCUGAUAAGGUAUGCUCAGAGUGCAUACAGAAACUAAGCAGUGCAUAUAUAUUUAAACAGCAGUGUGAAAGAUCUGAUCAAGAGUUGCGUCGUAACUAUGUCCCACCACCAGGAUUUAGCAUCAGUCCCCCACCACCAAAUAGACAGAGUAGUGAUUCUGCUUUUUCAAAUCACACCGACACUUCCAACCUGACAAAACCGCCGUCUUCCAUUGAAGAAAAAGUAACUCCUACCAUAAGAAGUAGGAAACGUAGUGUGGACAGUACAGAGAAUGGUUCCAUUGGAGGCGCGUCCAGUGACUACAGACCCGGUAGCUCCAAACGUGUUGAUGAACUAAGAAGAACCAACAAAAGAAGAAGGAAACAGUCUGGCAAUACUUCACAGUUAGAUUCGGAUUACGAUGACAACAGUGCUUCAUACUUACCUGAAACAGAUUCCGACGAUUCCUCCCAAAAAAACAGCUUUAAGUGUGAUUACUGUCCCAAACAAUUUCCGUCUCCUAGGAGUCUCAUAAAUCAUAAGAGAAUUCAUGAAAAGAAAGAAAGUUUGGGCCAAAAUGCUGUUGUUAAUAUACCAGUACAGAAUGAAGAUGCAACUGAUGUGGAGGACAAACUGAACUGCGAAAAAUGUGGAAAGACCUUCAAGUUAAAGAUUAUGUUGAAACGUCACAUGGACAUCUGUGGGAAGGCGAGUCGAGCCGUAUCUCCCCAGAAAGAGUUACUGGUGUCCUUACAACCAAUCGACGGUCUUACAAAUCGGAACAUUGUCUGCGAAAUGUGCUCUGCCAAGUUCAAAACCACUGACAACUUAGCAAAACAUAUGAAGGUAGUCCAUGCCGCAGUUUUGAAAAGAGAAGAAAAGCAAAGGGAGAAAGUCGCAGUUCCAUGUCUGUACUGCAGCCAACUUUUCGACGAUUAUUAUAUUCAUUCUGCACAUUUCAAUUCAUGUUCGAAGAGGGACGAUACUAAGCCGUACGAAUGUCCUGUUUGCAAAAAAGUGGCGACAAGAAAGCUUUCGUACUUUCAGCAUAUAAAGAACAUGCACUUUGAACCUAGAAUGUUGCAAGGAAAGCCAUCAGUGGAACCAGAAGCUCAGGAGUGCCAUGAGUGCAGGAUGUGCUCUAAGAAGCUACCUUCACAAGAAAUGUUGAUCCAGCACUUAGCUGCGCAUAUGUCGCAUAUCGAUGAAAAUGAAGGCCCCGACAAUGAUUCUAGGGCAAGUACAAUGGACGAUGCGAUGUCUGUCCAUUCACUACACAGCCAGGCGCAUACUCCUACUAACCCGCUUAAAUGUUCGAUGUGUGACAAAGAGUUCAAAUACAAGAAAUCUCUAGCAUCUCACGAAGCCCGGUGCCAUUCUGAAGUACCAGUGGAAGUGAAGUUAGAAGUACCUGAAAAGGCGUCAACAAGCCUCUUGAGCGAGACAGCUUACCGUCAGACUGAGUCAGAAUCUAGUCAAGAAGAAGAUGAUAACACAUGUGAUAUCUGCGAGAAACAGUUCUCCUACCGACGACUGCUUCUACAUCAUAAAAGAACGAAACACAACAUGAGUUCAGGCCAUAAGCGUGCUAAAAUCUACCUCAAGGACUGCUCCGUGCGAUGUCUUAUUUGCGACCUCGAUAUGAAAGUGGGCGAUAUCAACGCGCAUAAUCGAACCCACAUAUCAAAGAAUAUGAAGCCUCGCAACUUGUACACGUGCGCUGAAUGCGAGGAUACUUUCAAGAGUUGUUCAGCUCUAGCAAAUCAUAUAAAAUUAAUUCAUAGACUAAAACAGAAGCGUAUAGAGAAAGAGACGGUGAAUCCGUCGGAUUUUUGUGAAGUCGUUGUGGCUAAAGCGGAACCCCUGGACUGCAUCCAGAGUCACAACGACUUUGGAGAGGUUCCAGGCGCAGAGAACAAGCCGCUGGUUGACCUUAGUGGCUUUACUUGUCCCAUAUGUGCCAAGAAGAUGCCCACACUGAUAUCUUUGAAAAGGCACGUGAACUGGCACUCGAGUGUCGGCAACAAUAUUCAGAAGAAGUACGAGUGCGUCGUUUGUAACGAGUCUUUCAGGUUCCAGUGCCACUACAAGAUCCACAUGCGAGAGCACUACCACGACACAAACCUAGACCCAAAGCAUUUGACGUGCAACAUCUGCGGGCGACGCAGCAAACACCUGCGGGCCGCGCAAGCGCACAUGACCUAUCACAAGCAGAUGCGCUUUCAGAACAAGGAUUACCAGUGUUCGAUCUGCGAGCGAGUCUUCCAGUUCAGGAAAGUUUACCUCUCUCAUAUGGCCAUACACUACAAGAAAGGCGACAGCGCCCAGAAUACCAUAGUAGGCGACGUCUUACCCAGCACCGUCGACAAAAACGUGUUCGACGGUUCCCAUACCUGCCAUCACUGUGGUAAAGUGUGCGACUCCGAGAACUCUCUCAAACACCACUUGAUUUGGCAUACUUCCAAAACGUUCCUAUAUGGCGCUCGGCACGAGUGCAGUAUCUGCAAGGUGAAGUUUACAAAUAAAAGAAGAUUAGACCUGCACAUCCGAGCUCACUACGAAGACGACAAUGGUCCAUUUAAAUGUACUAUCUGCGGAAAGGGCUACACGCAUGAAGGAUACUUCCAAAAGCACGUUAAAGGGCAUAACUUUGAUCACCAAUCUCACAAGAAACGAAUAGAAAAAAUCAGAAAGGACAAAGUGAAAUGUCCAAUAUGUACGCGGUAUUAUCCAGACUUGAUAAAACUUAUACGCCACUUGAGGCGGACGCAUCCAGAAAGUAAAAUGAUCAAACCUGACCCCGACGCUCCGUCACAACUUUAUUACUCUUGUAAAUUGUGCGCCAAAGUUUUCUUAGAUGAGAGACGAUUACAAUCUCACGAGGAAGCUCACCUUAGGAAGCCCGAAUUCUUUAAAUGCAAAUUCUGUGGCAAGAAAACAAUAUCGCUUAGAAAUCACCACCUCCACAUAAAGAGUCACUUAGCGCAGAAGCAUUUAGAAAACCCGCUAAAGUGUCCACACUGCGACGAGACGUUCGUAAAGGGCUACGGGCUCCACCACCACUUGCGUGACGUGCACAAUAUUAUAGAGAACUGGAUUGCAGAGCGCACUGAACAGCCUCUCACAGGGCCGCUCAAAGAUCUCCAGUGCUCCAUAUGCAUGAAAGUCCUCGCUAGCAAAGGAAACUACGAGCGGCACAUCGACUACCACAACUCGUUAAGAUGUAACUACUGUUUUGAUUACUUCAGCUCUCUCCGAUUCUUAGAGGGACAUCUUGCGUUCUCAUGUGAAAAGAAAAAGCUUUUAGGCGAUACUGAGGUUUACCCAAAGAAAGUAAAAUGCCACAUUUGUUACAAAGCAUUCCAUAUACAAGUGAAGUUAGACUGCCACUUGCGCACGCAACACGGCAUUGUAGUAAAGAGGGAAAUGUCUGCCGGCAAACAAGAGAUUGUGUGUGAUUAUUGCUUUAGAGUUUUUGAAAAUGAGUACGCUCUAAACACCCAUAAGAUAUACCAUCGGACUGUUGGAUACUACGGCUGUAUAUACUGUCCGAGGAAGUUUAACACGAUGGUGAUGUACCGGAAACAUAAGAAUCACCACCUCUAUCAGCUUAAUGUGGACAACCCGACGAAAUGCGAACACUGCGAUGAGACAUUCGUCGCGUUCAAGGAAAUGAUAAACCACAUGAAAGAAGUCCACGGUGACGACAAAGACUGGGUAAUAGAGCCGAAGGAAUCGAUCGAGGAAACCUGUCACAUCUGUAACAAGCGGUUCUACAACCUCCACAAACAUUUAAGUUACCAUGAAGAAAAUAAGUGCAAAAAGUGCAACGAAUAUUUCUAUUCAAGAGGGGAUUACGAUAAUCAUCUUUGCGCCAUUGAAAGUGAUGACGAAGGCACUGAAUAUGUCGGAAACAAAGAGAAAUUCCAAUAUGAAGAGUGCAAAUUUUGCUUUAAACCUAUUACCAAGAAAAGUACUAAACGGUUGCACAACCAAAUACAUAAGGGUUCAGGCUCGAUAUCUUGUAGGUUCUGCCCACUUAAGUUUAAAACCAUGGAUGCGUUCAAUAUACACGCCUUCUCUCAUCGAAGUAGAAAAUAUAAUAAGAAACCGAUUAAGUGUCGAAAAUGCGGGGAGAAGUUCGUUAAAUACGGACCGUUCAUGAAACAUAUGAAAGUAGUUCACAAGACUCUGAAGAAGCUUCACUACAGAACGAUAGUGAAGCCAGAAAAAUGUGUGGUUUGUGGAGAAGAUUUCCCGAACCUACACAACCACUACCGUGCUCAUCUGCUGAACCAAUGUCAAGGGUGUCUCAAAUACUUUACGUCGUACAAGGUUAUCUCUGCACACGAAUGCAAUAAAGAGGAUAUAGACCCUUCUAAAGUGUUCACAAGUGACGCCAACUUGACUCAGCUAAUAAAUACAUACGUUCCUAAGGACGAGAAAGACGAUGAGAAGUAUUACGGUCAUACGGACGACGAAGAAGAUGAUGUUAAUCUACAGUUACUCGGAGAGGAAGAAGAAAGCCAAGAAAGUAAAAACAUCCCAAUGAUUCAGUCGCCUAUAAUAUCGGAUGUUCUAUCGCUUUACAACAAGGAGGCAGACGGGAUGGACAGCGUCGAUAGUGCGGACGACACCAAUGCUAAUGUAGUCAAUCUUUCCGAUGAUGAUGAUGCAGUAGGUGUCGAUGACACUCUCGUUCCGGUGAUUGUUCUCCUUGAUGAUGAUUAGAGGGAACCAAUGACAAGGGACACUGGUUUUAACCAGGCACGUGUUUGUAUGAUACACAAAAAGUAAUUGGCAAUUAAAAAUUACGAAUGUGGAUAUGCUACAGAUAUUUCCACCUCUAGAUCCCCAUCGAGGAUUGAAGUUAUAUUCCAAUGUAAUAGGUAAUAUUAGGGAAAGUAUUAUCGAUCCAAGACCAAGGAGCCGCAACAAUGUAUUAGCAAAUAUUCGCUGUAUUUACGAUGUGCGCGAGUUGCAACCAUAGGCAUUUAUUAAAUACUUAAAUAGUAUAAUAUUAUCGUUUAGACUGAAUUAAAUGACGAGUGAAUGGUACAUAGGAUUAAUGAUAUUUAUAAAACUGUUUACGUGAAUGGCCGUAAGUAAAUGAAUAGUUUGCGUUGCCAGCAGUCCAGUCUUAUUUUUUAGCAUCUGUAUAGAUACUUACUUUCCAUAAUGUCGCAAACUGUGUGCGUGGUAACUAUUGGAUUAAUCUGCUCAUCUGAUUUGUCACGUGGGCAACCAAAAAUACCUGGUCUUUAGGAUUUGAGUGGCUGUGGCGAAGAUUAUGUUAGUUGAGUGAUGAUCAAUUGUGAUUUUAGUUGAUAUGAAAAUGAAGCAAGAUGUAUGAUUUCUAUUACGUUUAUUAUUCGCUCACAAGUUUUCUUCAUGUUUACAAAAACAUAGGAAGCUUGAAAGGGAAAAAAUUGAGAAGUGGGUGAUGAGCUACAUGUAGCGUGUAUUUUGCGGCCAUAGAGUUCAUGAGUUCAUAGAGGCCAUGCUCUGAAAUUUAAAAUCUCUCUGUAAUAGCUGCAGACUGCAUGCAACAGACUGCACGGUUGGCGCGGUGGCCGGGCAACUGGCUGCCGCGCAACGUGUCGCAGGUUCCGCACAGAACAAGUCUUUGUGAUCCACAAAUUUUUGUUCCGGGUCUGGGUGUGAUGUGUGUGUAAUAUUGAAUGUUUGUCACCGCACUAACGACACAGGGGAAAUACUAGUGUGGGGCAACGUUAUCAUAAGAAAAACAAUUAUGUUAAAUGUGACGUGUAUGAGAAAAUUAGUGAGGUAUACAUUUGAGUCAGUAAAUUGUAUCUAAACUAUCGUCUUUAGGUCGAUUUGAAUGUUAUUUUUUGUGAAAAUUCUUGUGAAUAAUGUUAAGUAGAUUUGUGAGCAUUCCAAGGUCGCUCUCAAUUUACAUGAUAUUGUAAUUUUGUAAGGGUCCGACCGACUUUAGGUAGGUACUUAAGAAAGUUAUCUUAGCUCAGCAGGAUCGCAGCAAUGACACUCACUGCAAUUUCUGAACUUGAAAUCGUCCUUGGAAUGAUAAGGAAAAGCUUUGUAGUACCUAGCAGUCGUACAUUCUACCUUCGUGGAUAAGGUCCAAGAGAGGGUCAAAGUAUUAUCAAAAAGUUUCAUUCUAUAUCUUAUUAUUAUAAAAAUUCUCUGUGGUGGCUGAGCAAAAUUGUAUCUAUGUGAAAUUUCUACUACUCUAUAUGGUUCAUACUGAACCAUAUGUCAUUAAUUUACAAAUUGUGAUUUCACUGAAUUGGAUUAAUCCAUAAAGUCGUAAAUAUAAUAUAUUAAAUUUAUUACUUUUUCGUGCCAUCAAAGAUGUUAUUUUCUUCAAAGCAAUAUGUUUGUUGUUAUUUGUAAUUUUGUCAAAUAUAUGUGUCCAAUAUAGGUAUAUAUCACCUAUAUCUAUAUCAAUAUGUAUCUACCGCGCACACUAGAGUAGAUUUCCUUGAGUCUCAUUAGUAUUCGGGUCUAUUAGUAUAGUUCUUAUAUAAUGUACUUUACACUCAAUUUUAACUAACAUUAACAAACUCUUUAUUCACAGUUAAGCCAAGCAAUUUUGAAUUCUAUUGCAUCCAUGAAAUUGUAUCGCAAAUAUAUUUUUGCUUUCAAAGGAUUUGUCUUAUGGAAUAGGGUUCAAAAUCAAUUGACAAAUUUGUAAAUAGAGCAUAUUGUUUUCUAAGUUAUAAUUAAGUAAUCUGUACAUAUGUUUCAAGUGUGUGUAGGAUUACCAGGAUACUAUAACUUAUUACAUGUACACAAAGAGUGAUGUAGGAAAUCAUGACAGAUAGUUCAGUGAUUAUGUAACUUGCCCAAAUACAUUUAGCAGCUACGAGUUUAGCUCUGUAUGUUAGAAUAUUAGCAGAGAUAGGAAAAAUGCAAUAAUGUUCACUGAAAUUUGUUUUGUUAUAUCACUUUUUUAUUGAAAUACAAUGCUAGUAAGAAAUAGCGUAUUUUUCAAAGUUUUCAAAUUAGCCAAAGGAGUGGAUGUAUCGUAUAUGUGACAGUUGACUAGCU